AUGGACAGCAGUGAAGCUCCAGCUCAGAGGAUUGUUAUUCUCGAUAUAGAUGGAGCAGGUGAGUCUAAGACGCUUGAAUCAUCAGCCCUGCCCCAGUCUGAUCUCUCAGGCCAGUCUCACCCUACAAAUGCACCCUUCUAAGAGGAGAGCAUCAACCUGGACGCUGAAGCAUUCGUUUCACCUCAGGAUGACAGAGCUAACUCUGAGAGUUUAAUAGAUAAGCUGAACGACCAGAUGAUGGAGAGUGUUAUGAUUUCAGAUUCACCUAACAACGAGGAGGAGGACGUCAUUCACAUUGACACACUGUUGGGGCAGAAUGAAGUUGGGGAGAACUUUGAGUCUAAACAUCCUGAUGGAGUGACAGGAAGAGCAGACGGAGAGGGAAAGACUGACAAUGCCACCUGUGCUAAUGCUGCUGAACCCAAGGAGGCAUCUACACCUUUAUUUAAAGAUGAAAAAGAAGAGGAGAAGAGUAUGGAGGCUCCUCAGACAGAUGAAAGGGAACAUUUUGUCCAUACUACCCCAGACACCCCCAGACCUGGGAGUGCCAAAACUCAGGCUACACCUCUCAAGAUGGAUACAGGUAUGGGCCACAAAGAGGAGCCCUUCCCAGUGUGUACUAUCUUCAGCCAGGGUGUGCCUCCUAAAACACAAGCCCUGAUACCUGAUGGCUUCCAACCCACCUUGAUCAAGUCUCCAAGCUUUACCAUCAGCAACACAGAAACCCCAAAAAAACACAUCCCUCAUGUGUGCCAGCCCAGUCCCAGCCUUAGUAAGUUCUUCACGGAUAGUGCCGCGGUCAACCCUGCCUCGGAUUUUUUUGAUUCUUUCACAACCUCUACAUCUUUCAUAUCAAUCAGCAACUCGAAUGCAGAGUCACACAAGGGAGCGGUCCCUUCAGAAUCUCAGCUAUUGUCUGGCACCAGCAUGUAUAUCGAGAGAGAGCAGCUGGCCAUGCCCGGACUCAAAUUUGACAACCUGCAGGGUGAUGCUGUGAAUGAUCUGAUUCAGCGCUUUCUGGGUGACCAGGCGGCCAUGAAGAGACAGGUGCUCUCAGCCAGUUCAGUGGAGCAGAACUUCCUAGGUCUCAAACGUCUAAUUAGCACUAAGAACUGGAGGGCGGCUGUGGAUUUGACAGGCAGAUUGCUGACAGCUCAUGGUCAGGGCUACGGCAAGAGCGGACAGCCCACCAACCACACCACAGACUCCUUACAGCUGUGGUUUGUGCGUCUGGCUCUUCUGGUAAAGCUGAACCUCUUUCAGAAUGCUGAACUGGAGUUUGAACCCUUUGGAAAUCUGGAUCAUCCUAACCUGUACUAUGAAUACUACUCGACUGUAUACCCUGGAAGACGAGGUUCAAUGGUGCCAUUCUCCAUGCGUAUCCUGCAUGCUGAGCUCCCUCAGUACUUACAGAAGCCGCAGGAAACUCUGGACCGCCUGCACAGAAUAAAGAGCAUCUGUCUGAAGAUCCUGAGUAACCUGCAAGAGGGUUUAGCUGAGGACGGCAGUAUGGUGAACCUCAUGCAGCAGAACAGACAAGCAUCGCUGCAGCUGUGGAGGUCCCGUCUGAGCAGGGCGAUGUACUCCAUGGCAAACUGUCUGCUAAUGAUGAAGGACUAUGUUCUGGCAGUGGACACAUAUAAAUCCAUUAUCGAUUAUGAGCCAGAGCAAAAAGUGCAGCUGCUGAGUGGAAUCGGACGCAUUUUCUUACAGAUCGAGGACAUCAGAACUGCUGAGAAGUAUUUUGAGGAUGGGGAAAAGGCCUGUCAAUCAAAGGGAAUGACACCUAAUGAAGACACCUCUGUUCUGAUGAACAGGGCCUUUGUUUAUCUCAGUCAGAAUAAUUAUGCAGAUGCACACACGUGUUUUUCCAGCGUCUUAAAAACUGAUCCAAAGAACCCUGUGGCGAGCAACAAUGCCGCCGUGUGUCUGCUCUAUUUGGGAAGGCUAAAGGAGUCCCUAGGUCAUCUGGAGAGCCUGGUGCACCAGGACCCAGCACUCUACUUGCACGAGAGCAUGCUGUUCAACCUCACCAACAUGUACGAGCUGGAGUCGUCCCGCAGCAUGCAGAAGAAACAGGCUCUGCUCGUGGCCACGGCCUGCCGAGAGGGAGACAGCUUCAACAUCCAGUGCCUCAAGCUAGCCGUCCAGCUAUAUAAGUGAGUGCUUCAACUCCAGUCAUCGAUCACGCCAUGGAAGCGAUAGAUGAUGCUCCACUUCUCGUGUUCAAUCGCCCUUGGGUUCAUCUUCC